AUGGAUUCCAACAGUAGUAACGGCAACACGGACGCUAGCGUCGAUAACUCUCAGAGAGAUAAAAAUAGCAGUAAUUCGAGUGACCAUUAUGCUCCAAAAUCUGAACCGUCGGCUUCUUCUACUACUCUUCCAACUUCUUCUCCAACUUCUCCUACCAUAGCUCCUCUGGUUACCUCUCCGCCAAAUGAGCAGUCACUUACUUCUGCCCCAGUUCUUACUUCUUCUCCACCCUCUACCUUACAGAGUGCUCCGCCGUCUAAUUCUACUGCAAAUAAUUCAAAUAAUUUGACGACAACCACAGUUGCAACACACAAAACGCAGGCCGCCUUUGUGAACAAAUUGUACACAAUGGUAGAAGAUCAGUCAAUACAGCAUUUGAUUUCGUGGGCUCCUUCUGGCGACGUUUUUAGCGUAUCUAAUCCUACCGAAUUUUCAAAAACGGUCUUGCCACAAUAUUUUAAACAUAAUAAUUGGCAAAGUUUUGUGAGACAAUUAAACAUGUAUGGAUUUCAUAAAGUGAAUGAUAUGUUUCAUGCGAACCCAACAAGUGAAAGUCAAGCAUGGGAAUUCAAACAUCCUGAAUUUCGUCGAGGGCAGCUUGCUGCCUUACAGAAUAUUAAACGCAAGAGUUCAAAACAUCAAUCUAUUCCCAUGAGUUCUGUGAAAGGAGGUUUAUCUGGUGCAGAUACUGGGAUGGGCGUGCCUUUAGACAUCAAUGCUGAUAUACGUGAUGAAAGAAUUGAAUGUUUGACAAAUCAAAUGUCAGAUAUUACGGAAAGAAUGCGUCAAAUGAAUGAAAAUUUCAGUCUUCUUUAUGCUGAAACUGUUUCGUGUCGAAUGCAACAGUCAAAGCAUGAAAAGGUAAUUACUGAUAUUGCAAAUUUUCUUUCAUCCACAUUCCGAGAAGAAAAUCCUAAUGAUCCAAGAAGUUUAAAACGAAAAUUUGAUUUGGAUUGUAUACAAGCUGAAGUCGCAAAAUUUGGACAAAAUGAUGUACCACCCUCAUCAUACCCUUCUAUGAUGCAAUAUCAUCCUUCUAACUAUCCUAGAGAAGGAAUGCAUCAAGCUCGAUCAAUGUCGACCCCACAACCUAUGACUGGGGUUGAACCUUCCUCCUCUUAUCAUCAUUCUCAAAUAUCUGAUGUUGAUUACCGUCCAUCAUCAUACUCAGAUUCAAGAUCAUCUAAAAUCCCUUCACAUAGUCCUUUGUCCAUGUUACCGGAUAUUCCUUUUUCUCAUUAUCGUUCUAGCUCUAAUUAUAUUCGGCAUCGUUCUCUUGAACCGGUACCAAAUCCAGGUCUUAGUAGAACUUUGUCUACUGAUGCUUCUUACAGAUCCUCAAAACCACCUACCAAUUCGCAUCAUCCGCAAUCUUCAUCUCAGUAUGUUCAUCAUAGUCCACAUCGUUCGUCAACACUUCCGAUUCUUACACAGUCUGUUAACUCAUCGAAUCGACGGGCAUCGCAUCCAAAUACUUCUUUAAGUUUUGGUUCUGAUAGUAAUCUACUGAAUCCUCCUGAAAACAAUAGAUACGAAAAAGAUGAUGACUCAUCUUCCAAAUCACAAAGGGUUCCUUUGUCUUCUUCUCCCCCAUCAACUUCCUAUACCAAUUCUGAAAGUCCAAUUGUUGCUAAUUCCACAACAACACGACAAAGAUCGCCUCCAUUACCCGAUCCCCCAGAUAAUGAUGCGGAAUAUAAUAAUAAACGUUGUAAGAGAAAUUAA